GAGCACUCGUUUCCGGGCGGCUGAUUCGAGGACGUGUUUUGUCAAAAGCUGCGCGUUUGAAGAGCCACAGCAGGGGUGGCCAUGCCGUCUGAGGGUCGCUGUUGGGAGACCUUGCAGGCGUUGCGCAAUUCCGACAAAGGUCGCCUUUGCUACCACCGCGACUGGCUGCUACAGGGCGAGGAUGUUUUAGAAGAAUGUAUGUCUCUUCCCAAGCUGUCUUCUUACUCUGGAUGGGUGGUCGAUCAUAUCCUACCCCAUACACAAGGGAACCCACCUUCCUCUGAGGCUUCAACAUCCUCUAGACCUACCUCAGCCCUAGACCAACCUUCAUUUGUUCCCAAAUCCCCCAUCAGAAGCCCCGCCUCGUCACCAGCCUCCCCAGCAACACCAGCAACACCAGAUGGAACCGAGGGCAAACAUGAGUCCCAGCAAACAGAAUCUGUGGUACUUCAGUCCUCCCGGGGGAUCAAAGUGGAAGGCUGCAUCCGAAUGUACGAGCUGGUGCACAGAAUGAAAGGAACAGAGGGCCUGAGGCAGUGGCAGGAGGACCAGGAGAGGAAGGUGCGCGCCCUCUCGGAGAUGGCAUCUGAACAACUGAAGCGGUUUGAUGAACGGAAGGAACUGAAGCAUCAUAAAGAAUUCCAGGACUUACGGGAAGUGAUGGAGAAGAGCUCCAGAGAAGCCCUGGGGCAGCAAGAGAAACUAAAAGCUGAGCAUCGUCACAGAGCAAAGAUCCUCAACCUGAAGCUGCGGGAGGCAGAGCAGCAGCGCCUGAAGCAGGUGGAGCAGGAGCGGCUCCGCAGGGAGGAGGGCCAGGCGCGCCUGCGGAGCCUCUAUGCCCUGCAGGAGGAGCUGCUGCACCUCAACCAGCAGCUGGACGCGGACCAGCACAAAGACCUGCUCAAGGUCGACCUGUCGGCCUUCCAGACCCGAGGCAAUCAGCUGUGCGGCCUCAUCUCGGGGAUCAUUCGGGCCACUUCUGAGAACGGCUUUCCUACCACAGAGGACCAAGCUGUGGCUGAGAGAGCUCUGCAGGAAAUGCGGGACCUCCUUACGAACUUGCAGCAGGAGAUCGCCAGGGCCUGUGAAGACAAGAGGAGGCAGGAUGAAAAGGAGGCCCAGAUAAAGCAGCAAGAGUCACAGAUGCAGCAGGGGCCACAGGUCCACAGAGAGUCCCGAGCUCCCAGCCUGGGCCCGGGAGGGAAACAGAAUGAAGACCUGCAGGUGAAGGUGCAAGACAGUACAAUGCAGUGGUACCAGCAGCUGCAGGAUGCUUCCAGUCGGUGCAUGUUGGCCUUUGAGGGGCUGACCAGCAGCAAAGACAGUGAGGCCAAAAAGAUAAAGAUGGACCUCCAGAAGGCUGCCACCAUCCCAGUGAGCCAAAUCUCCACCAUUGCAGGCUCAAAGCUGAAGGAGAUCUUUGACAAGAUCCACAGCCUACUCUCUGGAAAACCUGUUCAGUCUGGUGGGCGCUCUGUGUCCGUGACAGUUAACCCACAGGGCCUGGACUUUGUCCAGUACAAACUAGCAGAGAAAUUUGUGAAACAAGGAGAGGAGGAAGUGGCCUCUCAUCACGAAGCAGUCUUCCCCAUCGCGGUUGUGGCCUCCGGGAUCUGGGAGCUCCACCCCAGAGUGGGGGACCUCAUUCUUGCUCACCUACACAAGAAGUGUCCUUACUCUGUUCCUUUCUAUCCAUCUUUCAAGGAGGGAAUGUCUUUGGAAGACUAUCAGAGGAUGCUUGGCUACCAAGUGACGGAUUCCAAAGUGGAACAGCAGGACAACUUUCUCAAACGCAUGUCUGGGAUGAUCCGUCUCUAUGCUGCCAUCAUCCAGCUCCGGUGGCCUUAUGGAAACCGACAAGAGGUUCACCCUCAUGGCUUAAAUCAUGGCUGGCGCUGGUUGGCACAGAUCUUAAACAUGGAGCCCCUGUCAGAUGUGACAGCCACCCUCCUCUUUGACUUCUUGGAGGUGUGUGGGAAUGCCCUUAUGAAACAGUACCAGGUCCAGUUCUGGAAGCUGAUACUUCUCAUCAAAGAGGACUACUUCCCCAGGAUCGAAGCCAUCACAAGCUCAGGACAGAUGGGUUCUUUCAUACGCCUCAAGCAGUUCUUAGAGAAAUGUUUGCAGCGCAGGGAGAUUCCUGUCCCCAAGGGCUUUCUGACGUCCUCCUUCUGGCGUUCCUGAUGUCACCCCGUCGCCCACCGUCACCAUUAUGUUGCAAGGGGCAAUAAUAAAGCAACUGAAGACAGCUGUAUUUGGAAGAAGUCAUGUCAGAUUUAGGAAUCUGUCAACGUGUAUUUUCCUGUAUUUGUACCUUGUGACUAGGAGAGGAGAUUUUCAUGGGUCACAAAAUCUGGGAGGUACCUUAGUAGAUCUGAUGACUCCUUAAGGGCUCCACAGGACAGAGUAAAUGGAAUUGGCCAUUCUCAUUUUUGCAGAAGUUAAUGAGAAGAGGUUUAGCACUUGGUCUCAUCCUUUAUUUCCUUUGUCUCCAGUAUCUUUCAGAAAGUAGGUGAUACCUUAACCGGUUCACUCUGAGCUGAAAUGAGCCCACCUCUUUCACUCCCUACCCGCACCCUCCGUGCUGUCCCUGUUCAGAUGAAUUCCC